GGAAAAUAUGUCUCUUCCUCUGUUCUUUAAGUUGUCCACCCUCCUGUUUUUUGUAGGUGGGGAUGGCUCCAUUAUCCCAAUGAUGGAAACGGAUGCCCAGCCAUGUUUGCUCCUAAGUCCAGAAAAAGUACCCAGCAUGGGCAGCAGUGACUGUAGGGCACAAGAAAGCUGUAAAAGAGAGAUUGAAGAAACAGUCACUGGUUCCUUUCCCAAGAAACCAAGAACGGAUGCUAGCAAUUCUUACAAUAAUUCAGAGCUCUCAGCUGAUCACCUUAAAGAAACCCAAAUAGUGGAUCUGCAUAGAACAGGGGCCAAAUGUGUCCGAGGAGAAACAAUGGAUUCCCGAAGGCCAGGCAUUGAAUAUCAUACCAUAGGGCUUCUACGGAUCAAGCCAGGCCGUGGAGCCCAGACAGCCUCCAUGUCUUGUAGUGAUAAACUGGCACGCUGGAAUGUUCUUGGCUGGCAGGGAGCACUUCUGAUGCACUUCCUUCAGCAGCCUAUCUACUUGUCAGCCCUGGUGGUGGGUCAGUGCCCCUACAGUCUGGAAGCUCUGCACCGGGCCAUUGUUGCAAGAUGUCAUCUGGUCUCACAUUUGCCAGAUGGUUUCCAGGUCCAUGAAUUGGAAAUUCUACAGUCCCAGCUAGGUUUCAUCCAUAGUCAUGAAGCAGCCAAGUCUGGCCAUGUUCUGGGACAAAGAAAGGUAGUGUCCUGCGGUGCAGCUAUCAGUUGGAGUGCUGUCCCAGAGCACCCAUUAGAUGUCACUUCAUGUGGUUUUAGACAAGGGACCUCCAAGAAAAGGAUUGGGAGUUUGACCUCCAGGUCUCGAAUUUGCAAGGUGGAACUUUUCCAUGCUUUUCUAAAGGUGGUGGCCAGCAUUCCUCUGAAAAACCUGCCAGAAACUCUCACAGCCAAGAGACUGCAGACAUACUGGGAGUACAAAGAAGCUGCUGCUUCAUACCAAGAGGCAUGGAAAGAACUGCGCAGCCAAGCCUUUGGUACCUGGGUGAGGAACAGCCACCAUUACCAGUACUUCAUAUGAAGGAGAGAAGGAACCAAGUGAUUGUGUCUGACUUUGAUGACGACUUACGCAUCUCUCAGCUGAUUAGCACAAUUAAUGCUCCAUUUUUAGCUAAUACUAAGAGCAUGUCAGUGCUUUUGGCACUGUUCCUCUGAAAGUGAGGUUUUCUUCCAAAACACAUUUUGGAAUAAAGUAUAUAUGCUCCUUUU